ACAUUGACCUCGCCGUCCACAACUCUCCUCUCCUCCCUCUCCCCUUCUCUCCUCAACUCACCGCUCCGCUCCGCUCUACUCCUCCGCCACUCACCACUCCUCCUCCCACAACCCGCCACAAUGCUGGCGACAUCACGCCAGGCCACCUUGGCGCUGCGCGCUGCCCAGCCGAGAACCGCCCUCACGCCCUUUAAAGUCGCCACCGCCUCCAUUUCACAGUCGACGAAGAAGCCCGCACAGGAAGUGGCGCCCGUACGAGGAUAUGGCGCAGGAAAUGUCAAAGGCAAUCCUGGCCCGCCACCGAGCAUGAAGGCGCUGAGCAAAAAGAUGGACCAAGAGGUGCCUUUGGCCAGUCAGGAAGGGAACAAGAGUGCGGUACAAUAUGCGCUCACCACGCUCGAUGCCAUGGCCAAUUGGGCACGUCAAGGCUCCCUCUGGCCGCUCACUUUCGGUCUCGCCUGCUGCGCCGUCGAGAUGAUGCACUUGUCUACCCCCCGAUACGACCAAGAUCGCCUCGGCAUCAUUUUCCGUGCCUCGCCACGACAGUCCGAUGUGAUGAUUGUUGCGGGAACCCUGACGAACAAAAUGGCGCCAGCCCUUCGCCAGGUCUACGAUCAAAUGCCUGAUCCGCGAUGGGUGAUUUCCAUGGGUUCGUGUGCCAAUGGUGGAGGCUACUACCAUUACUCGUACUCGGUGACGAGAGGUUGUGACCGGAUUGUACCGGUGGAUAUCUAUGUUCCAGGGUGUCCACCGACGAGUGAGGCGCUCAUGUACGGCAUCUUCCAGUUGCAGAAGAAGAUGAGACAUACCAAGAUUACGAGAAUGUGGUACAGGAAGUAGAGCAAGGCAGGCAGAGCACGAGAGUCGGCAUGUGAUUUCACACACUGUGUAUUUGGGCGUUGAGAGGAGCGGGAAGUGCUAGCUGCUACUAGAGAGAGCUCGAGCUACAGCAUCACAAAACAAUACCUACUGUACCUACUGUAGGAUGUGUACAUAUUGCAGAGUGGCUUGCUGUAUUGUUGUUUUCGGUCAUAUGUGUGCC